GUCACUGGAGCAGUCUUCCUCACUGGCGUCUGUACAAGGUCAACGGCACUCCUGCCAACAGGGCAUCCGUGUGAUGCUGGAGGAGUCAACUAUGAACAGACACCUUCGGAAGCAUAUGGACACACCCACCUUACAGUGCCACUUGUGUCCAGCUGCAUUCGUUCACAAUUCCAAGCUCUUGGCUCAUGUGCGCACCCACACAGGAGAGCACCCUUUUUCCUGUGUCCACUGCAAUGCAUCGUUUGUGAUAGAAACCCACCUUGUUGAGCAUAUGCGCAUUCACACCAGCGAGCAUUCCUUUUCUUGUGUCCGCUGCAAUGCAUCGUUUUCGCGGAAAGACUCUCUCAAUGACCACAUGCGCACUCACACCGAAGAGCCUCCCUUUUCCUGUGUCCAGUGUAAUGCAUCCUUUACGCGAAAAGACAAACUCAAUGAGCACAUGCGCACUCACACCGGAGAGCCUCCCUUUUCUUGUGUCCACUGCAAUGCAUCCUUUUCACGGAAAGACAACCUCAAUGACCACAUGCGCACUCACACAGGAGAGCGUCCCUUUUCCUGUGUCCAGUGUAAUGCAUCCUUUACGCGAAAAGACAAACUCAAUGAGCACAUGCGCAUUCACACAGGAGAGCGCCCCUUCUUGUGUGUCCACUGCAAUGCAUCCUUUUUACGAAAAGGCACCCUCAGCGUCCACAUGCGCAGUCACACAGGAGAGUUUUCCUUUUCCUGUGUCCACUGCGAUGCAUCCUUUUUGCGGAAAAUCCAACUCAAUGACCACAUGCGCACUCACACAGGUGAGCGUCCCUUUUUGUGUGUCCACUGCAAUUUAUCGUAUGUGACAAAGGCCGGCCUUGUUGAGCACAUGCGCAUUCACUCAGGAGAGCGUCCCUUCUCCUGUGUCCACUGUAAUGCAUCCUUUACGCGGAAAGCCAAACUCAAUGAGCACAUGCGCACUCACACAGGAGAGCGUCCCUUUAUGUGUGUCCACUGCAAUGCAUCCUUUUCUCGAAAAGGCACCCUCAAUGACCACAUGCGCACUCACUCAUUAGAGCAUCCCUUUUCCUGUGUCCUCUGCAAUGCAUCCUUUUCGCGAAAUGACUCUCUCAAUGACCACAUGCGUACUCACACAGGAGAGCGUCCCUUUUCCUGUGUCCACUGCGACGCAUCCUUUUCGCGGAAAGACCAACUCAGUGACCACAUGCGUACUCACACAGGAGAGUGUACCUUUUCCUGUGGCCAUUGCGAUGCAUCCUUUUUGCAGCAAAACCAACUCAAUGACCACAUACGCACUCACACAGGUGAGCGUCUCUUUUUGUGUGUCCACUGCAAUUUCUCGUGUAUGACGAAAGCCCGCCUUGUUGAGCACAUGCGCAUUCACACAGGACAGCGUCCCUUUUCCUGUGUUCAUUGUAAUGCAUCCUUUACGCGAAAAGCCAAACUCAAUGAGCACAUGCGCACUCACACAGGAGAGCGUCCGUUUUCCUGUGUCCACUGUAAUGCAUCCUUUACGCGAAAAGACAAACUCAAUGAGCACAUGCGCACUCACACAGGAGAGCGUCCCUUCUUGUGUGUCCACUGCAAUGCAUCCUUUUCUCGAAAAGGCACCCUCACUGACCACAUGCGCAUUCACACAGGAGAGCAUCCCUUUUCCUGUGUCCUCUGCAAUGCAUCCUUUUCGCAGAAAGACUCUCUCAAUGACCACAUGCGUACUCACACAGCAGAGCGUCCCUUUUCCUGUGUCCGCUGCGAUGCAUCCUUUUCGCAGAAAGACCAACUCAGUGACCACAUGCGCACUCACACAGUUGAGCGUCCAUUUUCCUGUGUCCACUGCGAUGCAUCCUUUUUGCAGAAAUGCCACCUCAUGAGACACAUCCGUAUGCACACAGGAGAGCGUCCGUUUUUGUGUGUCCACUGCAAUGCAUCAUUUAUGAUGAAAGGCGAGCUUGUUCACCACAUGCGCAUUCACACAGGAGAGCGUCCCUUUUCCUGUGUCCACUGUGGUGCAUCCUUUGUGCAGAAAUUCCACCUCAUGAGACAUAUCCGUACUCACACAGAAAAACGUCCCUUUUCCUGUGUUCACUGCAGUGCAUCCUUUCCUCGGAGAAAUGGCCUUGUCCUGCACAUCCGUACUCACACCGGACAGCGUCCCUACUCUUGUGUCCACUGCAAUGCAUCUUUUUCACGAAAAUACAGGCUCACAAACCACAUGUCCCGUGAUCAUAAGAAGGAGAAGCCAUGAAUGAGUUUGGGACCUAAAGGCUUCCUAUAAAGAUGGGGUGGUCUAGCAGGGACGGCGGAGUUUGUUAAGGUUGACAGUGUGCUUGGUGUAAGGUGAAGAAAGACAGUUGGUUUGGCAAUUUGCUAGCGAGAAUGGCACGUAGGCAUGGUAGGGAAGAGAAGAAGUAAAAGGGAGUGGGAAUCAAAUGCCAGCUUUUUCGGUAGGUUUUUGGUUUCACUGCCAGUGCAGCUGGGCACCCACUCUAGUGGGCAGAGAAGGUACCCCAGCCUGGUGUUCAGUGUUCUGGGCACUCAUUUCUCGUGAAAGUGGCUUCUUCAUUCCUCUAACACCUUUCACUUCCAUGUCCCCUUUCACGAACGAUGUUGCGCCAUGCUUUUUUAUGGGUUGGAGAAAUGCAUGUGUUAUUCUAAAUCACUUCUACUUGAGUAUUGACACUAAUGAGCACCUGGGCGGCAUAACUCUGCUUCAGAAAAACAAAAUUGGCUGCAAUACUUCCUGCUUCACUGGAAAUGUCGACGAAAAAUGAUAGUCUUCUGCCAUUUAUGUUUUGCCUUGCCUCAGGCAGCGCCUCCUCCAUGUUGAAUUGGCCGCAUCUGGCUGGCAUUGAUAAAAUAGAGGAGGCGCUGCAUGAGAUAUGGACGCCAUCUGACAGUGGCGUCUGGAAACAUGAGCUUGUGCAUAAGCCAGGGCCACUUUCAGGUGGCAGCACCAUAUUGUCGGCAGAGUUUUCUUUUUUUUUUUGUGCAUAGUCGCAUUUUCAGGGCAGCCUAAGAAACACUAGGGUCUUUAGAAUUACUUAUAUGUAUUUUCUAGUAGAGGAACACACCAUAUAAUACUUGCAUAGUGAUGUUGCGCCUCAGGUACGCGUAAUAUUUUCUUUUUAAUUGACAAUGUUUGCAAGUAUCAAUGCAGCUACCAGUUCAAGAUGGCUGGGCGUUCAGAAUCGUGUGACAGACAGACAGACAGACCAAAAUUUUUGCCUUCAAGUAUCCCAAGAAAGGCUAUCGUCUUUAAAAACUAGUGAGUGUCCACAGGCACUGGGAAUCAUAGCUUGUGCCUCCCACUUUGGAAGCAGACCCUCUGAACACUUCAUCAUAGCUGGAUUAUGAAAAGUGAAUGCAAUGGAGGAAGGUGAGGAGGUGAAAUAAUAAAAAUGACUUUUUUUUUCUUUGCACUUUGUAAAGUGCCCCCCUUACGUAUAUGUUUAGAUCUCAAGUGUUCAGAUAUCAAGUGAUGCUAUUGCUGUGCUGUGCUGUAUACAUGUGCGCCAUGGAAAUGUAAGAAGAAUAAAUUUUGAGUUCAUUUAGAUCAGGAUAGGAAAUAAAGCUUACAGAGUAGAUCA